GGGAGUAGUGUUGUCAAGGAUCGGAUUCGGAUCAAAUAGAAUCGACUCGAAAUCAUAAUCAUAAUAAGACUGAAAAAACAAAAAAACAAAAUGGCUGCGAAUAUGAUGAGACCGGCGUUUGCUUACUCUGUUGUGUACGUUAAGGACGUCGCUAAAUCCGUUGAAUUCUACUCCAGAGCCUUUGGUCACAACGUCCGUCGUCUUGAUGAGUCUCACAGGUGGGGGGAGCUAGAGAGUGGGCAAACGACGAUAGCCUUCACACCGCUUCACCAGCAUGAGACCGACGACCUAACCGGGAAGGUUCAGGCUACGCAUUCAGCCCGUGAAAGAGCGCCCAUCGAACUUUGCUUCUGUUACCCCGAUGUUGAUGCCGCUUUCAAGAGAGCAGUGGAGAACGGUGCAGUGGCAGUGAGCGAGCCGGAAGACAAAGAAUGGGGCCAGAAGGUUGGAUACGUGCGAGACAUUGACGGCAUCGUUGUACGCAUUGGAAGCCACGUUAAGUGAAUACAAAACCAAAAGACUCGAUCACGUGAAAGUGAUCAUAAACUAUAGUCUAUAUAUACAUAUGCAUACGAAUAAUACAAGAUACUUUGCUACUUUUUUCUUCUUUGGCUAAUGGGUAUCCUACAUAAAACAAAAGGGAUCAAAUGUAAAUGUUUUACAAAGUGCCCAGCCUAGACACACUCCAAAUCUGUUUUUC